UUACAAAAUUAUACAAGACGUUUUAACAUGUUUAUUAUCUGUAUAUUUUAUAAUUUAUAUAAUUGAAAGUAAUUUAAAUUGUUUUCAAGUUUUUUUGUCGUCUGAAAACAAAAUUUUCUUGAAUUUUUGUACGUUUUGAUACUACUAGCGGCCUCUGCAAGUGACAGGUGUUUAACUUUCACUGCGCAUGCGCGUUGUUGUCAAAAUACCUUUGUGACAGCCAGCUGUUGUGGUAUUUGAUCAUUGUUGAUUGUUGUAAUAGUCUUCACAUUUUCGCUCAAAUUUUCGCAUAAAAUCUAGCAAUCAACCGAAUUACACCUGGAUCGCAGCGAUGACGAUCCUCCCAGCGAAACGCGCCAGCCCCACGGUCGAGGAUAAAGGCGAUGCGGCGCAAAACGUGCCGUCAGAACGUCGUCGUGAACAUGGCGCACAUUCACAGGCCAUUGCAGACCCAAAUAAAACCACUACCAGAAGGCCAUUUAGAAGUAAUGGGUUAAACAUUGAAGAUAAAUGUGUUUCUGGUUGUGUUUGUAGAAGUGCCACACCUGAACCAACUGAUCAUUGUAUGAGAAAAAGAUUCAAGGAAGCAAAAUCAUCGCGGAGAAAAUUGGCCAGGGAAAGGGAAAGACUGGUGAACAGGGUUGAACAGCCAGUGGAGGAAGCACAGGCGAGUACUAGUGAAGUUGUGGACAUAACCAAAAGUGAUGAGGUAAGUUGUGCUCCGGCCAAUGAGAACACAGAAAAUGAAGAGGAAGCAACUGGGUUUAAUAGUGAAGAUGAAUAUGGAGCACCGAUACAUAAUCCGACAAUUAUUAGUGAUGAAGAAUGGAAAACGCGUGACACACGUUUUGCGCGUUGCCUACAAAAACUGGGCUUCGAGAUCAAAUCGAUGCGCGAUGAUGGCGCAUGUUUAUUCCGCGCGAUCGCUGAUCAAAUCUACGGCGAUCAAGAAUUACACUUUACCGUACGCUCCGCUUGCAUGGACUACAUCGUCAAAAACAAAGACUUUUUCGCUAAUUACGUAACAGAAGAUUUCGACAAGUACAUCGCGCGCAAGCGCCUUUGGAACGUGCACGGCAACCAUCUUGAAAUCCAAGCGAUGAGCGAAAUGUACAACCGCACAAUUGAGGUGUACUGUUACGAAGUACAACCGAUUAAUAUAUUCAACAGUCCACGACUUAACGCUGACGAACCGAUUCGGUUGUCUUAUCAUCGCAUGUGCCACUACAACUCAAUUUGCAACCCGAAUAAUCCAUCCGUGGGUGUGGGGUUAGGUCUGCCUGCAUAUCACACAAUAGAUCUUAAUCGGCGACGAAUGGUGGACGCUGUGCGCGCCAGUGAAGAUAUCAUGAUUGAACAGACAAUGUUGGAGGAUAAGUUGAAGGCGACCGAUUGGGAGGCGACUUAUGAAGCGAUCGAAGAGGAAGUCGCGAGGGAAAGCUACAUUCAGUACUAUCGGGAUGCAGAGAAGCGGUUAAAACCGCAGGGGCAUGCGGCUAGUAGUAGUUCAACGAUUACGUCGGCGGUUUGUUCGAGUCCCCGACAAUCGGCGCGGCGUGGCUCGGUAUCGCCGAAAACAUGCGCAUCGCCUGGGUCUGCAUCGCCGAAGAGUAGUGGAUUUCGGCCGGCUCCGAAAUCCCCAGCGGCGAGUAACUGUAUCGCCGAGAGCGCCACCUCUCAUUCACACAUUGACACUGAUAAGAUAUUUAAGCCCAGUUCGCCGAAAAACAGUUUGUAUGAAGAGUUUGAAGCUAUUUACAAUACAGAGUAUCCGGAGACAUCAAGUACUUUCACAAAGGACGCAACAACAAGAUCUGAAGCAAACUGGGAUGAUGGAAUAAUGGCACAAGUGCUCGCGGAAUCCCGUAAAACCUACCUAGAUGAUCUGAAACGUAAAUCAAAGAAGCAGGGCUCGCCCGGACCGUCGACUUCGAGAUAAUCACACACAAGACUAAGUGCGGCUGGACACACAUUUAGUUUAUUUGCAUCUAGAUUAAUUUAAACGUAUUAUCAUCAUGCAUUCAUUGUCAUCUUGUACCUUGUGCAGCAUUUCAUCAAACGCAACUUGCGCGAGAAAUUUCAGUGGGCCUUUGAAAGCAACACCAGGAAACUGCUUUGCAACCGGUAGCAAUUGUAUAAAGAAAAUUCCAGGCAAUCAACCUGCACUUAGUGAUUUAUAUCACAACAAUAUCGUACAGAUUGUAUUAUAUUCGUAUGAAAAUAUAAAGUUAGUUGGUCGAGUCUUCAAAAAAGCACGUCUUGCGGCUACAAAUCAAUCAUAAUUCUCUAAUAAUACACGUGACGUGCUUAUAGCAAUAGCCCCUAUGGAAUAGUAAUAGAUUUUAAACGAUUCCAGUCGAUUAUUUAAACAUUUUAAAUUUUCAAGCGUCAAAUCAUCCAAUCUUAAUUAAAACAAGAUGUACUUGAUUAGUCCAAGUAUAGAAAUGUCUUAUUUUUAUUUUUUAUUUUAUAUUUAUCAUACAUGUGGAGUGCAAUCAUUUUAUGAACUUUAUAAGUCUCAUACUUCAUCUUAACUUGUUGAAAGCAUCAGUAGAAGCAUUUAAAAGCGAAAAGAAUAUCAUUGAUGACACGAAUUUGAAGACAACUUGUAUGUAAUAUAUUUAUAUAUAAUAAUUAAUCGGGGGCUGCGUCUCGGAAUAGAAUUUAUGUUUAUUUCUGUUAUGAAAUUAUUCUCAUUGUUCACUUAUUGUGCUCUUCUUGUUUUUGUUUCAUCGCGUAGAUAUAUAUAUGAUUAGAUUAUUUACGAAAAUCCAUUUGUUUAAAAUGUGCCAUUGAGGUCACUCGUUGACGGCACUGAUUAUACUGCGAAUAUGUUAUCAUGAUUGAGUUUAUUUUUAAGUGAUUGCAUUAGAAUGCAUUGUAAAGCGUGUGGGGAGGUGUAAAAAACGUUACAAAGUUAAUUUUCAGUUGUUUUUACUAAGAAUAAUAAGCUGUAAGUUCUAGAAAGUUUGCUUAACUUGUGUAUAUAAAAUGGUUUUCUAUGAGAGGGAUAAAAUAUUGAUAUUGAAGCGUGGAGAUAUGAUGUAGAAGUGUAAGUUUUGCUCUGUUCGGCUAUGACGCAAUAUCUGAGACAACAAUGAACAAAAAGAGUUUAUAUUUCACGAAAUAUCCAAUCUAAUAGUAAUGUACUUAAAGAUUAUGAACAGUAAUACUUUAUUCUGCUGUAAGAUACGUUAGGAUAUCAAAUUACAUGUAAUAAACUAAGAAUCCCCAAGAAAUACUAAGAAUUACACUUGGAUUUGAGCUUU